CCCAGUCGGUGCCCGGGAGGCGCGGGGGAGCGGCGCCGGCCCGGCCCCACCAUGCCCGGCUUCGACUACAAGUUCCUGGAGAAGCCGAAGCGGCGGCUGCUGUGCCCGCUGUGCGGCAAGGCCAUGCGGGAGCCCGUGCAGGUCUCCACCUGCGGCCACCGCUUCUGCGACACCUGCCUGCAGGAGUUCCUCAGCGGGGGGGUCCUGUUCUGCCCAAAGGUGCAUGUCCCCUGGUCUCUGUCCCCCUUUCCCCAGAUCUACCCGGACCCCGAGCUGGAGGCGCAGGUGCUGAGCCUCACCAUCCGCUGCAUCCACAGCGAAGAGGGCUGCCGCUGGAGCGGGCCCAUCAAGCACCUGCAGCCCCAUCUCAGCACGUGCGGCUUCAACGUGAUCCCGUGUCCCAACCGCUGCAGCAUCAAGCUGAGCCGGCGCGACCUGCCUGACCACCUGCAGCACGACUGCCCCAAGCGCCGCGUCAAGUGUGAGUUCUGCGCCAGCGACUUCACCGGCGAGGCCUACGAGAAUCACCAGGGCGUGUGCCCCCAGGAGAGCGUGUACUGCGAGAACAAGUGUGGGGCCCGCAUGAUGCGUCGGCUGCUGUCCCAGCACACGCUGGCCGACUGCCCCAAGCGCACCCAGCCCUGCCCCUACUGCACCAAGCAGUUUGUCUUUGACACCAUCCAGAAUCACCAGUACCAGUGUCCCCGCUACCCCGUGUCCUGCCCCAACCAGUGCGGGACACCCAGCAUCGCCAGAGAAGACCUGUCCGGGCACCUGAAGGAGAACUGCAGCACAGCCAUGGUGCUGUGCCCGUUCAAAGACGCUGGCUGCAAACAUCGGUGCCCCAAGCUGGCCAUGAGCCGGCACCUGGACGACAGCCCCAAGGUGCAUCUGGGCAUGGUGUGCUCGCUGGUGAGCCGGCAGCGGCAGGAGAUCCAGGAGCUGCGGCAGGAUGUGGAGGAGCUGUCGGUCAGCAGCGCCGGGAUCCUGAUCUGGAAGAUCGCAGACUACGCCCGCAAGCUGCAGGACUCCAAAGUGCGUAGCAACUACGAGUUCUUCAGCCCGCCCUUCUACACCCACCGGUACGGCUACAAGCUGCAGGUGUCCGUGUUCCUCAACGGGAACGGCAGCGGGGAAGGCAGCCACCUGUCCGUCUACAUCCGCGUGCUGCCGGGCCAGUACGACAACCUCCUGGAGUGGCCCUUCUCCUACCGCGUCACCUUCUCCCUGCUGGACCAGAGCGACCCCUCGCUGUCCAAGCCCCAGCACAUCACCGAGACCUUCAACCCCGACCCCAACUGGAAGAAUUUCCAGAAGCCGGGGGCCUCCCGCAGCGCCCUGGACGAGAGCACCCUGGGCUUCGGGUACCCCAAGUUCAUCUCGCACGAGGACAUCAAGAAGCGCAACUACGUGCGGGACAACACCGUCUUCAUCAAGGCCUCGGUGGAGAUCCCACCGCGAAUCCUGGCCUGAGCCUGGGGCUCGGCGUGGCAUGGAGACGUUACCCGGGGCCCGGCGCUCAGCCCGGCUGUCACUGCAGUCGACAGCAGCCUGAGGGCACCGUGGGCUUGUGUCUGACUGGGCCCUCUUGGUGUUUCCGCCCCAGCGGCCUGGCAGCUCCCUCCUGAGCAGGGACUGUCCCGAGCGAGCAGGUUUCCUGCAGCUGGCUGGGACUGUACUGGAGCCAGUGCAGCCCUGGGCCCCGCCAGCUGAGACUCGGUGCCGUGGCUAGAGCUGGCCGUGGGGUGCAGGGAGAGGCCCUGCAGACAGUGGGUGGGAAGGAGAGUGGGCCCGGCCCUCGCAGACCCGUUCCCAGGGGCUGGCUCUCAGGACAGCCACGGGGCCCGUGCAGGCUGAUCGCUGCUGCCCCCAGCCCGCGCCCCACCAGAGUGAAACACAGCCUCUGUGGGGCAGCGUUGCAGCUGGGCCCAGGGGAACCCCAGCUCCCCUCCACCACCCACAAGCCCUGGAGUGGGGCCCACCGAGGGGGGGACAUGCUGUCCAGAUAGUGGCAGUGGCAUCACCCCCUGGGAUCUGGGGCUUCUAAGCUGCCACCCCAGAAAGUGGAUCCACCUGAUCUCCACUGUGACCCAAGCUCUCCUCCAAUCAGCUGGCCUGACGACGUUCCCCUCCCCUCCUGAGGAGCAAACAGUGCCUGGGGCUCCCUGCAGGCUGCCCCCCUCGGGGCGGGACUCGCCCCUGUGCCCUGCAGCCCCCCCAGAGCCCCCGAGGGGCCUGGACAACACAGGAGCCAUGUAGCGGGACAGGGACCCUCUCCCCUCCCCUCCCAUGAGGCCUUUGCAAUGAAGCCCUAAGCAGGGAGCCCCAGUGAGGGGUCCCCUUGUAGCUACCAGCCCCUCGGUGCUCUGGCAAGCCCCCCAGGGAGGCACAGAACAGCCAGAGCCUGAUGCCCCAGUAGCGAGGAACCGGCAGGGCCCCCAGCCUCCGUCUCCCUCCUGCUGCCUCAGGGACCCCGGAGGGCCGAGGGCCCCUCCCCACAGAGCCAUGUUUUGUGAGCACCGGCCCCGCCUCUCCCUUGCGGGCUGGGCUGGGUGCAUGUGUCUUGUCGCCGGGGAGUCUUCCAUGUCGCUCACUCCCAGGGGAGGGCGUCUGUUAUUUAUUGUCCUGGCUGCGGCGCUGCCCCGGCCCUGCUGCCUUCACACUUUUUCAAUAAACUCUUCUUGUAUUUAU